AUGCACGCCCUGACCACCUCCGCGACCGCCGCGGCCAACGCCUCGGCGACCACCGCCGGCGCCCUCGCCAAUUCUCGCGGAUCCGCUCGCGUCGCCCAUAUGCCGCGACGAGUCGAUGCGCCCGUAUGCCGCGUCCCGGUCGCCGACCGACGCGCCGUGGUCGCCUCCGUGGCUACCCAGAGCGAGAUCGUCGCCCCCGCCGUCGACGCCCCGCCCGCGAAGACCGUCUACGACGCCGUCCUCUACUCCUUCGCGGAGGACGGCUCGGCGACAAUUCUGACCCGCGCCGAUCUCGACGCGGUGAACGCGGCGAUGCACGUCAACGCCGUCGCCAUGUCCGCCGAGAAGGGCACCGAGCAGGUCGCCGACACCGCCACGGUCACCGACACCGACUCCAUCGCCGACACCGACGCCGCCGAGGACGGCGAGUGCGAGGAGGCGUGCCCGCUCGUCUUCGGAGAGCCCGAAUCUUCGGAGCCCGAUAAGAACGUCGACAAGAAGAAAUCCGAGAUUAAUGCGCCGGAUGCGUCGCUCGCGUCUGCAGCGAUGUCCCAGGCGGAGGUGACGCAGUCCCUGGGCGACGCCGCGGGCGUUGGCGCCAGCGCCUACAGCUCCGACGACGUCCUCUGCAUGAUGUACGGCGUUGACGUGGACAAGGAGGACGCCAAGCACAAGGUUGCGUUCUUCUCCGUCGACGGCGCCGUCGCCAGCUGUGAUGCAAUCGCGGCCGCCGCUUCCGCCGCGGCCGACCUCGCCGCCGGACGCGUCCCGGCGACAUCCAACCCGGGUGACUCCAACGUGGGAGGAGGAGGAGUCGCUGUCCUGUUCAGAAACAUCUGGAGCGCCAUCGUCGGCGUCUUUGGAUCUUCCGGAAACAACGGCGCCGCGAUCGGAGCCGCGGCGUUCGCGGGCGUCUCGACGUCCAAAGCCGCCGCCAUCGCGGACCGAAUCGACUCGGAACACGUCGCGAAGGCGGUGUACCCCGAGGCUGCGAGGUACGCCAAGCAGCUCAGGUACGACGGGUACAAGAUCGUGCUCGUGACGUCCCAACCGGAUUGGCUCGUCGCGCCCCUCGCCAAAUCGAUGGGCGCGAGCCGGGUCAUCGGUGCGCGACUCGAGGUGGACGAUGCCGCCGGAACGUUCACCGGCGGAACCCUCGCGGACGCUGAAGACGGCCAGGGCGACGCGCUCGGGCGCAGGGUGCGGGCGUUCGCCGCCGAGGCUGGCGUGGACCUCGCCAAGUCAAUCGCGUACGGCGCUGGCGAGCGCGAUCUGCCCCUCAUGCGCGUCUGCGGAAAGGCGUACGCGGUGAGCCCCGACGCCGCCGUCGCCGCGGCUGCGUCUGAGAACGGGUGGCAGACGCUGGGAUGGGCCGAGGACGCGGAGAGAAAGGCGGCGCGGGCGGGACAGCUCGCGGCGGAAGCGGCGGCGAUGGACGCGGCGAGAGCCGAAGGGAUCCUUCAGCCGGCGUAUGCGACGGUGACGGUCAACGGUGGCGCGGUUUCGGCGAAAUCGCGCGCGUGGACGGUGAUGGACCCGGACCAGUACGACCCGGAGAACGACAGGCGGCGGGGGUGA